AAGGAAAUGUCACCCCAGAUAGGAAAUGAGUAAAUACAGAACACGUCGAAUGGGAAAAAAGAGAGCGGAAAGAGCAAAAAAGAGAAGAUUGAAUCGGACCGUGUGAAUCACAGCUCUGAAAAAGGAGAAAUUGUGAGUUCUUGGUCAUCACGGGGCAUCAUCCCUUGCCCAUAACUCAAUGAUGCUCGAAUCAUCUUGUCGGUUUGCUCCAUGAAUAGCGCCAGGGCAAAACCACCUGCGAAAGAAUACAAACGCUACAUACAGCCAGCAAUUACUUUCACUUGGCUUGCACCACAGCAGAACCAAACAACUCAGUGCGAAAGAGGUACAAAAAUCUUUUCUUUGGCCUGCUUUUCUUUGUUGAAUUGAGAGCUAUGUGAUCUGUUGCUUUUUGAUUUGGUGAGGGAGAACGAGAGGUACACAUCCACCCCCUGAUCAUGGCCCAAAUGCCCCCAUCAUCCACGGACUGCCGUUGAACAGCCUCUAGCCUUCGGUCAGUCCAAAACAUUAUAACCCAAGCAAAGAGAGAAGAAAGAGAGCUGUGGAAACAGGUGCUCCAGAUCCAUCAUCCUCCUUUAACCGUGAAGGGCUUGAAGCUAACACGCCACCAUACUUGUUUCACCAGCAAAGUUUCUCUCUCAACUGAGUUUCUCUGACGGCUCUUGAAACAAAAACUCAUCGGCAUUCGCAGCAAGUCCUCAAAUUUGGCUGUUGUAAGCGCCUCUCUGUGGGCCUGACGUGAUUUUCAGCCUCGUUGCGGCGUUUUCUAUCAUCCAAGCGUCGCUCUUGUGAGGAAUUCAGUGCCGAAAGGGAUCUUGGUCUCCCGAAAUAAGCUUCUUGUCAACGUACCGUCACAUUUUCAGUCUUGGCAGGUGGAAAUUUCGUUUGGCUGUUCAUGAUUCGGACUCUUUCUUGACGUAGAGCCAGAAGGGUACCUCAAAACCCCUUCAAUUUGUGAAAUUCUGCAUCAAUCAACAUCUUCUUGAAGCUGCCAACCCUAUGACAUCGAGAGUGGUUGCGAGGAACGGGCUGUUCUGCCCAAUUGUGGGGUUUGCAUCCUGUGUGGCAUUCAUUUACUUGUCGUUUGGCGACUUCAGGCUCAAUUUUUAUGUGGGGAAGAAGAUGGACUUCGUGGCAAGAAAUGGGACACAGUUUGUGGUGGAUGGUAAGGUUUUCUACGUGAAUGGGUGGAAUUCUUACUGGUUGAUGGACCAGGCGGUGGACGAAUACAGCAGGCCUAGGGUUAGGACGAUGCUGCAAGCCGGUGCGCGGAUGGGUCUCACGGUUUGCAGGACCUGGGCUUUCAAUGACAAUACUUACCAUGCUCUACAGAUUUCCCCUGGUCAGUUUGAUGAGAGAGUGUUUCAGGCUCUGGAUCAUGUAAUUGCAGAGGCAAAUCAAUAUGGAAUCAGGUUGCUUCUCAGUUUAGUUAAUAACUUGCAAGCAUUUGGCGGAAAGACUCAAUAUGUCAAGUGGGCAUGGGAAGAAGGCAUUGGCUUGAGCUCGUCCAAUGAUUCCUUCUUCUAUGAUCCUUCCAUUCGCCAGUACUACAAAAAUUUUGUCAAGACUGUGUUAACCAGGAAGAAUACCAUUACCGGAGUCGAAUAUAGAGAUGAUCCAACCAUAUUUGGAUGGGAGUUGAUGAAUGAACCCCGUUGUAUGACAGAUCCUGCAGGGGACACCCUUCACGACUGGUUAGAGGAAAUGUCAACAUUUGUAAGAUCAAUUGACAAGAAGCAUCUACUGACUGUGGGCCUUGAAGGAUUUUAUGGUCCUAAAAGCCCCAAAAGUUUAACUGUGAACCCGGCAGACUGGGCAGCCCUUUAUGGGUCAGAUUUUGUUCGUAAUUCCAAUCUCCCAAAUAUCGAUUUUGCUUCGGCUCAUAUCUACCCUGACCACUGGUUCCAUGAGCUAGAAUUCGAGGAGUCAUUAAAGUUCGUCUCAAAGUGGGUUCGUUCCCACAUUGAUGAUGGUGACAGGGAACUGAAAAGGCCGGUGAUGUUCACUGAAUUUGGAUACUCAAACCAGAACCCGAAUUUCCAUCCAUCUCAGCGGGAUCGAUUUUUCAAGACCAUCUUCGACGAAAUCUAUGCAUCUGCCAGGAAGAAUGGGGCAGGGGCAGGUUCUUUUGUGUGGCAGUUCUUGGUCGGAGGGAUGGAAGAAUACAACGACGAUUUCGGGAUUGUUCCGUGGCAAAGACCAUCUACAUAUCAACUGAUAACGGAACAUUCAUGCAGAUUGGCUGCUCUUGGCGGAUUGAAGAAACUGAAGGGAAGCUUGAGAGAACUGUGCCUGCAGGGCAAAUGAAGGGAUAAUAUAAUAGCAUAUCCAAAUUCAUCUAAGGGGGGAAUGACAUGGCUUUGGGUCAUUAUAAAAUGUGAAGUCGAUGCAUUGCUCCAUGCUUUCCUGGUUUGCUAUGCAGUUCACAGUAUGAAUAUAUACAGCACAAUGAGCUACAGGAUGUGGUAGAGAAUGUACCUAUGUUGAGCUUGUCAUGAAUGACAGAACCAGCGCCCAACCCAAGAAGCAAAAUCUGGUAUAAAGAGACUCCCCUUUCCUGUAUAUCCGAAGAUAUAAUCAAUCUGACUGGAGUAUAGAAAAGGUGAAUUUCCCA